AAAUGCGUAAACAUUUCAAAAUUAAUCUGUUUGGUCUCGGAAAUCUAAAGCUCCCACACAAAUUGGGACAGAGCAAGUAAUUACUAUUUUGCUUUCUCCAAAAAAAGGGGAUUUUCCAUUGUUGGCUCAAUCGGAUCCGUCCUUCUCAUCUCUGAACCAAAGUACCACCAGGUUUCAGCUCAAUAGCCAUUAGUUAUGGACCACUUUGGAGGAGGAAGUUGGACAAUGAUCCCCAACAUCCAAACUCACAGUAAUCCUUCCACACCCUCCAAUCAAGACAAUUUAUUUCUUCAGCAACAACAAUUUCAACAACAACAGUUCAAUCAACCGCAGCUCUAUCAGCAGCAGCAGCAGCAACAACAACAACAACAACAACAGCAGCAACGGUAUCAACAGCAGAUGCAACAGCAACAAAUGCAGCAGCAGAUGCAGCAGCACCAGAUGCAACAACAACAGCAACAACAACAACAACAACAGCACCACCAAUCACUUGCCUCUCACUUCCAUCUUCUACAAUUGGUGGAGAAUUUAGCUGAUACAAUUGAAAAUGGAAAUCGAGAUCAGCACUCAGAUGCAUUGGUAACUGAAUUGAAAAAUCAGUUUGAGAAGUGCCAGCAGCUGUUGACAUCAAUAUCAGGGUCUAUUAGCUCAAGAUCUAUGACAGUUGAGGGACAAAAGCGCAAAAAGGCAGAGUGCGAACAAAUGCUAAAUCAGCGAAGGGAUCUUAUUUCUAGGUACAAAGGCUCGGUUGAGGAGCUUAUUAACUCUGAACUGUAGCUGCUACUCGCAUUUUGACGAAGGAAAAUACACACUAGCAACUUGUCCGAGCAUUAGCAUCUUUCGGUGGGAAUUCAUCGUCAUCAGGAAUUUGCAGUUGGUACUAACCAUGAUGAAUCCUUAAGACUCCAUCAUCAGAUAUGUCUUUGUCAAGUUAUAUUUGCAACAAUUUUCAAGGAAAAUGAUAACCUAGAUACAAGUAUGGGGAAGGAGAAUUGCAAGAAAAAUCUUAUAUAUAACACACUCGCAUUUGGACAAUUAAAAACCAUAUGGUAUGUUGAAUUUACUUAACCUUAGAAGAAUAAACCUUAAAUCUUCUAAAUUUGAGUUUUUCCUACAAAACCUAUUUAGAGUUUUGAAGGAUGCAAAAUAUCUCAUCUUCCAACAUUUAUUUCUAUGCUAGACGGCUGCUCUUUUAGUUCAAAAUUAUUGAAGCCCCACGUUCUUCAAUUUUCUACA